UCCACAUCUCUCGAUAAGUUCAGAGGGCAAGCUCACACAGAGCUGGGCAUAGUCGCAUCCAGAUCCACUAUUGAUCAUCGACCUUUUGCCCUGAUCCGGAAGGAGUCCGGAGAUGGAGGCUCCGGUCAGCGCUUCCCAGGGAGUCAUGCGGUCCCUCCCUAUGAAGAUGGAAUCGUUGCUGUCGGGACCGGAGCACGGUCUGCGGGCAGAGGAGAAGAAGAAGCUCCGCAUCCUCCAAGGCGAGCUCCAAGAACUAAUAGACAACUACCUGCUGGAGCCAUCGGAGGUGGAGUUCCCUGCCUCGACGGCCAGCACCUGGAUGGGAUGCGUGCGCGACCUGUCGUACGACAUCGACGACUUCAUCUACGAGCUCGCCCACGUCGCCGGCGGCGGUGCCAGGUUCAACGUCGUCCAGAAACCCCCCCGAUUCAAGAUCUCUCGGAGGUUUCCGGAGAGGCCGAUGCGGCGCCAGUGGAUCGCCAUCGAGAUCUCGGGGUUCAGGACUCGCGUCAAGGAAGCGAUUCGACGGCACAAUGAUUAUCUCGGUCGUAACUGCAAGUGGCGGCCCAGCAGCAGCGGCCAGCCUCCUCCGUCACCACCAUCCGGCGUGGCUGCCAUUCACCUUGUCGGUGUGGACAGCUCCAUCAAGCAGCUCUGCGGCUGGCUGGCGCUGGCUAACGCUGGACAGCCGGAGCACAAGGUGGCGUGCAUUGUUGGACCUGGUGGGGUUGGGAAGACCACCCUUGCCAAACAAGUGUACCGUAUGCUCGGAGGUCAGUUCCAGUGUCUGGCUUUCGUGCGGACAUCGCGGAAACCAGACAUGAAGGGCCUUCUCACCAGCAUACUCUCCCAAGUUCGGCCGCAGCAGCUCACGGACGACGCUUGCGACCUGCAUAAUCUCGUCCUUAGCAUCAGGGCACACCUCCAAGAUAAGACGUACUUAAUUGUAAUUGAAGAUCUGUGGGCAUUGUCAACCUGGGACCUUGUUAAUCGAUCAUUGCCAAAGGGAAACUGUUGCAGUAGAAUAUUAACGACAUCCGAAGUUGAAGUAAUAGCCCAAACAUGCUGUGCAAAGAAAGAAGAUAAUUCCACAUAUAUGCCUUUCAAGAAACAAGAUGACUCCAAAUACAUCAUCAAGAAGGAACCACUUAGUGAAGAUGAGUCAAGAGUGCUGUUUUUAAGUAGAGCUUUCGGCAAGCAAGCUGAACGUCCUCAGCAUCUCAAGGAAGUUUCAAAUGAGAUUAUAAAAAGAAGUGGUGGCUUGCCGCUAACAAUUAAUAUAUUGGCCAGUCUCUUGGGACGUCAGCCAGCUAGCAGCAUAGAGCAAUGGAAUUACAUAAAGAAUUCACUAAGUUCCGCUUUCACCACAAAUGCUAGUUUGGAAACGAUAAAUCAAGUUCUUAACCUUGGCUAUGACAACCUUCCUCAUGGUUUGAAAGCAUGCAUGUUAUCUCUGUGUAUGUAUGAAGAGGACUGCAUAAUCAUGAAGGAUGAUCUGGUGAAGCAGUGGAUGGCCGAAGAUUUCAUCUCCGCAGCGGAAGGGAACGACAGGGAAGAAGUUGCACACAGCUAUUUUUGUGAGCUUGUUAACAGGGGAAUGAUCCAACCUGUGGAUAUCAACUGCAACGACGAAAUUCUGUCAUGUAGAGUGCACCACAUAGUACUUCAGUUUAUUAGGGACAAGUCCAUGGAAGAGAAUUUCUGCAUUGCAAUAGCUCAUUCUCAGACAACUAUAAGGCUUGCUGACAAGGUUCGUCGGCUGGCCCUCCACUUGGGCAAUGUGGUAGAUGCCAUGCCGCUGGGGCCCGAGAGUAUGAGACUGUCAAAAGUUCGAUCAGUUGCCUUUUCUGGAUUUCUCAAGUGGAUGCCUUCAGUUGUGGAGUUUCGGUUUCUUCAGGUUCUGAUCCUUAAAUUAUUGGCUGAUUCUGAUCAAAUGAGAGACAGCCAUACUGCACCUGAUGACCUGAGUGGCAAUAUCAGUGAACCUGAUGAUGACCUGAGCGACAACCUUACUGAACCUGAUGAGCCGAGUUACAGCCUCACUGGAAUUUCGGAGCUCUUCAGACUGAGAUAUUUUCAUCUUGAUGCAUGCCAUAUGAGUGUGGAGCUUCCAACUCAGAUGCAACAGCUGAAAGAAUUGAUGGCAUGGGAAAUUGAUGCUGAAGUAGCUGCACUUCCAGCAGACAUUGUCGAUCUGCCGGGCUUGUUGUACCUCAGCAUUCCUAGCGAGGCUGGUCUGCCCGCUGGUAUUGGCCGCAUGACCUCUCUUCGCACUCUGGGAGUUUUUGAUCUCAGCAAGAACUCAACAGAAACCGUUAUGAGCCUCGCUGAGCUGACUAAUCUCCAGGAACUUCGUCUAUCAUGUUCCACACUACAACCUGGUAACCUGGAAAAGAACCUGGAAUGCUUGGGGACGAUAGUUCGGAAACUAAGGAAUCUCAAACGUGUAACUCUAGUACCUGCAGCCUCCUCUCUUGUAAAAAGUCAGGAUGAUGAUGCAGGUUCUUCAAACAUGAGCAUUUCCUGGCUUGGCUUCAGCAUCCAGCCCCUUCCUCCGGCCCUUCUUCAGACACUAGAGUUGUCACGGCGCUGCUGCAUCUUCUCCACCCUACCUGAGUGGACCAAAGAACUUACCAACCUUUGCAUUUUAAAGAUGGCAGUUAGAGAGUUGUCAAGAGAAGAUAUUGCUAUUUUGAAAGGAUUGCCUUCCCUAGCGGCUCUCUCCUUGUUCAUCUCGACUGCCCCUGCAAGCAGGAGCAGGAUAUUGUUUGAUGAUGAGGGAUUCUCGGUUCUCAAGUACUUCAAGUUUGUGUGUGCUGCACCAUGCGUGGCUUUUAUGCAUGGAGCAAUGCCCAAAGUCCGAAAGGUCAAGAUAGGUUUCAAUGCCAAUAGAAUGAAAGAGUACGGCUUGAAUGAUGCUGGGUUUGAGCUCCUAAUGAGCCUAACUGAGAUCUCCUUAAAAAUUAGGGGCACUGGUGCUGAUCGACACAACAGAAGGUCUACACAGCUGGUCUUGACCGGCGCCAUUGGCAAGGAUCCAAGAACCUCCACCAUCAAUGUGCAAUGGGUGGGCUGGGAUACUUUUGGUGACGAGGAGAUCUACAUCGAGGCUCAAAAGGAGAUGAGGAAGUGGACUUCGGCAAAACAAGGCAUGACCGCUGGUGAGAGCUCAGAUGAACAUGCAAUUGAAGAAAAGAACUUGGAGGAAGAUGCGCAGAAGCAAGCAGAUACAAGGACUUAUGCGCCACCAGAAUCCACCUUGCAUCCGCGGAAUAAAGGGGAGACACUUGCUAUAGGACUUGUUGGGGAUAUUUUGGACCCAUUCGUCAAAGCAGCAUCACUUAAGGUUCUAUACAACGGCAAGGAACUAAUCAAUGGUUCUGAACUCAAGCCGUCGCAAGUAGCAUAUGAACCAAGGGUUGAAAUUGCUGGGAGCGAUCACGACAUGAGGAACCUUUACACUCUGGUGAUGGUGGAUCCUGACGCGCCAAGUCCAAGCAACCCAACAGCAAAAGAAUACCUUCAUUGGUUGGUGACAGACAUCCCAGAAUCAACAAAUGCCAGUUAUGGAAAUAAACUCUUCAGUUAUGAAAGACCAAACCCAACUGCAGGAAUGCAUCGCUUUGCUUUUGUACUCUUCCGCCAAUCCGCCCGACAAACUAUAUAUGCACCAGGAUGGAGACCAAAUUUCAACACAAGAGACUUCUCAGCAGUUUAUUCUCUUGGACCUCCUGUGGCAGCAGCAUUCUUCAAUUGCCAAAGGGAGAAUGGAUCUGGAGGCAAGCGGUACAUCAGAUAAAUAUGGAAGCACUAUCAUCCUCUAUAGGCAGGGAAGCUAUAUACACAUUUGUACAGUGUUUCUGUAUAAGUGCGCACGUAUCAGAAAUUCGUUUUGGCACCCGGGUCCAAAUGCUCCUGCAAUCUGUACCACACCCUUUUAUCAUGAUCUGUGCUAUGUCGGCUAUGUCCUGUACAAUGUGAUGUAUUCACGGACAUAUCACCAUUUUGGAACAGUGACAUGGCCCACGGC